UCGUAGCUCCUCCCAUCCCGCUGCCCUCACCUUAUCAUGAUGGCUUACCUCUCGAUCCUGGCUGUUAUUCUUGCGGGCCUGCCCAGCACUGAUGCGUUCACGAUGUCGGUGCGACCUUCUUCAUCGGGAGGUGGGGUGCAGAGAGCGGACUUCCUGCGGCAGGUUGGCGUUGGCGCAGCUGGUAUUGCGGGCGUGGCAGCGGCACCUCUCGCUUCGGUGGCGGCCGCACCGCCGGCGGUUGGUAGCAUGGCCCCCGAUUUCACGCUUCCCAGCAACGCUGGCAAAGACAUCAGCCUCAAGGACUUGCUCAAGCAGGCCAAGCACACGGUGCUCUACUUCUACCCAGGUGAUUUUACGUCUGGCUGCACCAUCGAAGCGCAGGGGUUCCAGAAAGACUUCGAAAAGUACGGCGCGAACAACGCGCAGAUCGUGGGCGUGAGCGUGGACUCCAUCGAGAAGCACCUGAACUUCGAGAAGUCGUACAACCUUCAGUUCCCUCUCCUGUCGGACAUCGGCGCCAACGUGGCGGACUUGUACGGCUCGAAGCUCGACAUCCCCUUCAUGGGUAAAUUUGCCAACCGUUUGACGUUCAUCAUUGGCUCCGACGGCAAGAUAGAGAAGGUGUUCACUGACGUGGAAUCGAAGGUGGCUAAGCACUCUGCAGAAGUAUUGGCCACUCUCGCCACCCUCUAGACAUGGAAUAAACGGUCUUCCUUCAUGCUCGAAGUUCAAGUUUGCGUAUUGAGGAUGUUGACAGUCAGAACCAAAUGCAUCGAGGCAACGCGCCACAGUGCGGAAUGGAUACAUAAAAGUGUUUAGACGCAAGGAAAGGGGUAGAGCGACUGCCAAUAUCGUCGGCUAUAGACUCGGGGCGUGCACCCAAACGGUUUGGACGUUGCUUUAGAGAUUAACCGACAAUCUUGUUUUCUGUACCACGUGGCCAUCUUUUCCGAUUUGUUGGACGGAAGGUUUGGCAGCUGUGCGCUUGGCUUGCCUACACCCGAAGUUACACGGAAGUUGUAGACAUCGAUCGUCUUCCGGAUGGUAUAUGGACGAGUGCCGAGGACGGGGGCAAUGUGAUGUUCGAAGCUCUGGUGUCGCGCCCAGUUUUGAAAGGCAGCGAAAGAUGGUGUUGUCGCUGAAGCAACGAUGUGUGUCUUGUUGAUGCGAACAAACGUGUUUCGUGGCUCUACCAAUUCGAACACGAGAAAAAAGGAGUGAGAGAUAAGCGUU